UCGAAAAUGUUCGGUCGGCAGCAGCACCGGUGACCACGCCCUUGGUCACGCCCACCACCUAAACCCCAUUUUGAUCCAGAAAAACAAAAGUUUUGGGACUACAGUGGAGAGCAUCAGCCAUAUUCUCGCUGGGCUCUGGGUGUGUGCAAAGAAAGAAGAAAAGCAGAAUUGUCUUUUGUGAACACUGUGGUUUUAAGUCAUGAGUCACCUACCUAGAUUCUGGAACCUGGGAUGGUCUUCCUUUCUUGACUGGUGGAGUAAUCAGAGUGUUGUUUCAGAGCAAGGACCUUCUCCCCUGUAUGGUCAGCAGAAUAUGAAUGAACCUCUUCUGGACAACAGUGAAGGCCAGCUCUUCCUGACCGAGGCUUUUAAAGUCAUCAUUGAGGAGGUGCUAUGUAAAGGCACAGAUGUCAAAGAGAAGGUGUGUGAAUGGCGCGAGCCAGAGGAGUUAGCUGCUCUGCUAGAUCUGGAGCUGCGAGAGACUGGGGAGCCGCAACACCAGCUGCUGCAGAGAAUACGGGAUGUGGCCAAGUACAGUGUCAAGACCAAUCAUCCGCGGUUCUUCAAUCAGCUCUUUGCAGGGGUGGACUACCAUGCCUUGACAGGACGAUUCCUUACGGAGGCUCUUAACACUAGCCAGUAUACCUAUGAGGUGGCUCCAGUGUUUGUCCUGAUGGAAGACGAGGUACUCUCCAAGCUACGUUCUCUAGUUGGGUGGGCAGAGGGAGAUGGCAUCUUCUGCCCAGGCGGUACCAUGUCUAACAUGUAUGCCAUGAACGUAGCACGCUACCGGGCCUUCCCAGAAGUAAAACUGAAGGGAAUGUGGUCCCUCCCUCGACUGGCUGUCUUUACAUCUCAACAGAGCCACUACUCUGUGAUGAAAGCAGCUGCCUUUCAAGGUAUUGGGACAGAGAACGUGUUUAAGGUCAAAGUGGAUGAUAGGGGUUGCAUGAUUCCAGAAGACCUUGGUGAGACAAUUGAGCUGGCGAAAUCUCAAGGGGCAGUGCCAUUCUUUAUCCAUGCCACGUCAGGAACGACUGUACAAGGCGCCUUUGAUCCACUGGAGCCCAUCGCUGACAUCUGUGACAGACAGGGGUUGUGGAUGCAUGUUGAUGCAGCCUGGGGAGGGAGUGUUCUCUUCUCAAAGGAACACAAACAUCUCAUGAGAGGAGUUGAGAGAGCCGAUUCAGUGACUUGGAAUCCACACAAGAUGAUGCUGACGGGCUUGCAAUGUUCAGCCAUUCUGCUCAAGGACACCACACACCUAUUGAAACAUUGCCACAGUGCAGAUGCAAAGUACCUCUUCCAGCAGGACAAGUUCUAUGACACAAGUCUGGACACGGGGGACAAGUCGAUACAGUGUGGCCGUAAGGUUGACUGCCUGAAGCUGUGGUUGAUGUGGAAAGCUGUAGGGUCAAAAGGCUUGGAAGAGCGUGUUGACAGGGCUGUCGCCCAUACAAGAUAUCUGGUGGAGGAGAUGAAGAGAAGAGAGGGCUUUGAACUUAUAGGGAAGGUGAGUCAUUGUUUUAGCAAAUACAUAGAAAAGAUUUCUUCUCCCUUUUAUCUCACCUAUGUCUUUUGCUUUUGUUCUGUUGAACAGCCGUUGUUUGUGAACGUGUGUUUCUGGUUCAUACCACCCAGUCUGCGGGGAAAGGAGAACAGUCCAGACUACAAUGACAGAUUGUCAAAGGUGGCUCCAGUGAUUAAGGAGCGUAUGAUGAAGCAGGGUACUAUGAUGUUGGGCUACCAGCCUCAGGGUGGACGAGUCAACUUCUUCCGCAUGAUAGUCAUCUCACCGCAACUCUCCCACCAAGAUAUGUCAUUCUGUCUGAAUGAGAUUGAGAGACUUGGGAAUGAUCUGUGAUAGUAAUUAUACCUAAAUAUAGUCUUGCAUCUCCAUUUAUGUCAUAGACUCAACAUCAGAUAUGUUCGUUUUUUUUUACAAUAUGACCAAUUCUUAUCAGUCUAAUGCUCAUUUCACUAGUCUAAUGGCACUGAUUGUGGACAAAGUUACCAAACAAAGUGUUUGAAAUGUGGUAUGUGACACAGUAAUAAACCUAGUCCAGUGA